ACAAGAAAGUUGGAGGAAAAGUUGAGGGAAAGGCAUCGGGCAUAAAACCGGUCCGAAUAACAGCAGUUUAUGAAUAAUACCAGCUCUGGAACGAGAGGAGAUCCUGCUGCGCGACAACCAAGAACCAGACGGGAGGAUGAGCGGUUCCGGACAGAAUCGCCCAUAAAGUCAACGGACAUCGACUACAUGCUGUACAAGCAGAAGAACCUGUCCCCGGUGUGGUUCUCAAUACCAUUGGAACGACCUGGGUUGUACUCGAAUGGCGACACGACCACGACGCUACAGGAGGUAGCGAAACGUGCAGAACCAGAGCCAGCGACUGAACCGGAACCCGCUACGGAACUAGAACCGGAAAGCAUGACCAAGCCGUCCUCAGAACUAGGCUCUGAACCUACUUCGGAACCAGAACCGCAUCCAGAACCCGAGGUGUCUUCAAACCGGAACCGAAAAGCACUUACGAGUCGGAACCAUCCGCAGAAAAUACCGCGGGGCUAAGCUUGGAACCGAAGGUGGAACCCAAAACGAAGAAGACCAAGCGUGCCACCGGAGACUCUCGUCUACCAGCGAGCGAACCCGAGCCAAAAGCCAGUAGCAAGUCGGAUCUGACCGCCACCGGAGGGUUCGAGGUGGACGGCACCAUGACGAUCGUGUUCCGCUGCAUGCUGGCGGCCAACGCUGGGCCGAGGAACCAUCCAAGUUCACAUAUCGGGGACCAACUUGAUAGGCUGCGGUCGUAAAAGUACUCGAUGGCGAUGCUCAAGGCAAACUUCCGCUUAAUGAAAUUAAAAUUUGAAAGUAGUAUGUGAUAUUACU